AUGGAUCAUAAUCCCUCAAAAAUCAAUUCUUUUUCCCCACAUCCCCAACUUUUUAAACACAAUCAUCACCAACUAACUCAUCAACAAAAGCAGAGAGAUCAAGAGAUCACACGUGGGAAUCAACUUACCAUUUGCAAUGGCAUCAAUGACCAUGACAUCUUCAUUUCUCCCAGCCGUCUCCAAGCUUCCGGCAACAACAGACGAAGCCUCACGGUGAUCAAAGCCUCCAUGAGCGAGAACACCACCAGCUUGGAGUACAGUAAGCAAGAACAGAGCAUAAAGAUGAGGAGGGAUCUGGUGUUCACGGCUGCAGCUGCAGCUGUGUGCUCUUUAGCCAAGGUGGCCAUGGCGGACGAAGAGCCCAAGAAAGGGACAGAAGCAGCCAAGAAGAAGUAUGCUCCUGUCUGUGUCACAAUGCCUACGGCCAAGAUAUGCCAUAACUGA